AUGAAGCAGAAUCUAACCUCAUUGGACGUUCCAAACACUGUUCCUGCGAAUUUAUUCAACGUUGAUUUGACGUUAGCCAUUGAUAAGUUCCAACCAGGAAAACAUACGAUUCAAGAUCUUGAACCGGUACUAAACUAUUUUGAUAAGCAUCUUAGAGCAAGAGGAAUCAGACCAAAACCAAGAGGUAAGCGUGUAAUGAGCAUGCCAGUAUUCAAAGAAAGAGACUGUCCAAUUACAAUCGAUUCUCAAUUAAGAAAGCUGUUUAUUCCUAGUACUACCACCACCCCAAUUAAUAAAGUUGCAUCUCCUAAAGCUCUGUUAAAUAGUGCUGAGAAGGAACUUCCAAGACUCCCAGUGAGAAUAAAUACAGAACCUAUAUUGCAUACAAUUCCUCAGAAUAUGAUCCCACCUCCAAGUUCUGUCAAUCCACUCCCCACCAGCACCACCACCAAGUCCAAGUCCGUCAAAUACCGUCUGGUCACUGAAACAAUCAUGGAAGAUGAUGAAGACGACUGGUCACAGCUGCUGUUAACUACCUCCGAGUCUAUGGUUCUGGCCUUGACUCUGCCAUGGACAACAUCUCCUACACUUCCACAACCACAAUUACCACCAGCAAAGCACACCAUCAUUGAUGAAGACACACUUGAUUAUGAAAGUUUAUUCUCCGGCUCGACUGCUCUGAGUGGGACAUCAUUGGAAAGCGACGCUGGAAGCAUUCAACUCUCACAACAAGAUACAUCAUCAAGGUAUUCGUCAGCUUAUUCAGACUUGGAUUCUGAAGUGGAUUCCGAUUUUAGUUCUGAUUUGGAUUCAGAAAUAGAUGUUGCAUCAACCAAUUCUGAUUGUUCUUCCAUCGGUAAUGGGAAAUUACUUCUGUUUGUCGAGACUUAUAUUGAAGAAUCACCUCCAGUUGAAGAUAUACGUACGCAUUCACAAACCAAAAAUUCAAACCUGCCAUCUUUGUCUAGUCAUGCACACACAAGUUCAUACGAUAGCAGUUUUGUUGACAGUUUAUUCUCUGAAUCUGAUCUGUCUGUGAACAUAAGUACUAGUGACGUGAGUGUUCCCUCUACUGAAUGGAAAAAUGAACAGAGAGUGUUGCAACCUCCUGUUGUUAUCAAAAUGAAGGAAACUUAUGAAACGACAUCUACUGACUCAUUGACAUCCAUUGAAAUGCCAUUACCAUCGCCUGUGAAUAACAAGUCUCGCGCAGUUCUGCAACCAAUCUAUUCAUCUAAUCGUGUCAACCUCCAACCAAAUUAUUCACCACUCCCAAUAUCCCAAAUGGCCCUGCCAGAACAUGCUCAAAUCUUGGGCCAACUUGUAAGAAGAUCUGAAGCUGAUUCCAUAUCCAUGUCCAGCACUGCCCUGCUUAAGCUUCCAAAAAUACGGAAAGUUCUUUCUUCCAAUCCCAACAUCGCUAAAGUGGAAGACGAAAAUCUCGCAGAACCAACAUCAAAGGGAGGAAAUCCAGAUAAUGCAUCUUCAAGGUUUUCGUCAUCUACAUCAACCAUGAGUCUCAAGGAGAUCACCAAGACCCUUAAAUCGCAAAUCCGUCAAAGACCAUUUAGUUUUUGUUUAGAUUCAGGCAAACAUUAUGAUGAUACACGUUAUUUCACUCCACCAGCAAUCGCUGAUAAAAGUUCAUUUGCUGAUCCGCAAAAGAAAAAAGCUACAAGAUGUGUUAGUGAAUUUGUGGGGAAUACAUAUCAUUAUGAUAGUUAUUUCAAUCUUUCCAAGACCACUGUGCAACAACCUUCACCUAAACUUCCACCAAAGACUCUGACUCCAUCAUCUCCAACCCAUUACAAAUCACUCAGACCUCCUGAGAAUGCAUACAUGAGCUAUACAAAGAUAAAAAAGGAGGGGAAAUCCCUCCAAACGGACCCUUCUGGAAGAGAAAACAGAUUCGGGAACCGUUCAAACUACAGACACGUUUCUCUUCCGGCCAUGUAA